CCAAAACCAAAAGGCCAAAGCAGUAGUCGCCGUUUGGGUCUCCAAUCGGAAUUCCCGAAAUCUUACCACAUUUUGAUCAAAGGCCCCAUCUUCUCCACCAUUGGCAAGCGUAGAAUUGUUGCUGAAAAUAAUGCAGGACGAUCAAGUAAACCGGAAACCCAGAUACGACGUCGUUAUAUUCGGAGCCUCGGGUUUCACAGGCAAAUAUGUCAUCAGAGAAGCCCUCAAGUUCCUCCACACUCCAUCCUCCCCUUCCCCUCUCAAAACCCUUGCCUUAGCGGGUCGAUCCCACUCCAAGAUCGCCCAAUCCCUCAAAUGGGCUGCCCACCCAAACCCACCACCUCCCGACCUCCCCAUCCUCACCGCCGACACCUCCGACCCCCCUUCCCUCCGCCGCCUCGCUUCCCAAGCCAAGCUCAUCCUCAACUGCGUCGGCCCCUUUCGGCUCUACGGCGAGCCCGUGGUGGCUGCCUGCGUCGACUCCGGAUGUGAUUACUUGGAUAUUUGCGGUGAGCCGGAGUUUAUGGAGAGGAUGGAGGCUGGGUACCACGAGAAGGCGGCCGAGAAGGGUUCUUUGGUCAUUUCCGCUUGCGGGUUCGACUCGGUUCCGGCUGAGUUGGGACUGCUGUUCAAUUCCAGGCAGUGGGUCCCUCCUGCCGUGCCUAACCGGGUUGAGGCUUACUUGAGCCUGGAAUCUAGUAAAAGAGUUGUCGGAAAUAUUGGGACAUACGAAUCGGCGGUUCUCGGGGUGGCUAAUGCGGAUCAAUUGCAGGAACUGAGGCGGUCCAGACCCAAGAAACCGCGCCCUUUGAUUCCUGGCCCUCCACCUCCUAAAGGAUCCCUGGUUGAACACCAGAAGAAGUUUGACCUCUGGGCUGUGAAGCUACCAUCAGCCGAUUCCAUUGUUGUCCGCAGAACCUUGGUAAGUCUGACACAAAAUCCUCGCGGCAUUGCUGGCGUUCAUGAAGAUGCUGAACAAAUCGAAAGAAGGGAGACCUUCUGGUCAAGCGUAAAGCCCGCUCACUUUGGUGUUAAGAUGGGGACAAAGUCUCUGUUGGGCAUUUUUCGUGUCAUUGCAGUUGGAGUCUUCAUUGGGCUCUUCGGUAAGAAUUCAUUCGGGAGGCGGCUGCUCUUGAAAUUUCCCUCUUUUUUCAGCCUUGGGUGGUUUAAGAAGAAGGGUCCAACUGAAGAUGAAGUCAGCAGCGCUUCGUUCAAAAUGUGGUUCGUCGGGCAUGGAUACAGUGAUAGCAGUCUUGCAACCAGCGGAAACGCAAAACCUGAUCUGGAAAUAAUAACGAGAGUAAUUGGACCUGAGAUUGGAUAUUUGACAACUCCAAUUAUUCUGGUUCAAUGUGGUCUGAUCCUACUGCAUCAGCGUGAAAGUUUGCCGAAAGGCGGAGUUUUCACCCCUGGGAUUAUAUUUGGCCCAACUGAUCUUCAAGAAAGACUCCAGAAACAUGGAAUAUGCUUCGACGUUAUUUCAAAGAAUAGCCUUCCUGCCUAGGAAAGGAUACGUCUAAAACACCAACGCCCUUUCUUACAUAACUUAUCCAUUAUCCAUUGGCUGAGAGACAUUGCUCACUGCUAUAUGUAUUAUUGAAGUUUUUACUCCUCAAAAUAUUUUCUUUCUCGAACUCA